CAUACAAAAGAUCAUUUUAGACAUUUGUAUUUUUAUACAUGUAUUAUGUAUUUUCAAAGGUGAGUUUCAUGGAGUCAGUGAAUGGUAAAUUAUUCCUUUUUCCUUAUUCCAACUUCUCUUUUCAGACAGUAAAGGUUUCAUAUUAUAUCAUAAAUAAAGGGCUCAUAUUAUAGAUUUAGUUACAUGAUACAAGGUAUAAUAAAAGACAUUGUUUAAAUUCUCUAAAAUGGUUGACAACAUAUAUAUGAGCAAUAAUCAAUCUUUAUAUUCUGAAUCGAUGUAUAUAUGAGUUGAAAUAUGUGUGUGUACUUACGUAUUUGUUUAAUCUUUAGGACGUUUUCUGGCAAAAAACAUGACCUUGCAAGCCAUCAAGGAGACCAAAACCUGAUCCUGAUGAGGCAGAAUAUCCUCAUUUCUGAGUAACUGGUUAAUUUAGGACUAAGAUUUGAAUUGUGAUCAGGUUAAAGUUACUAUUAAAGGCUUUAACUGGUUGUAGUGAUAGUCUACAUUGAUUACUGUGUUGUCCAGGACAUUACAGCUCCACCAUGUCAGAAGGAAACCACAGCGGUGUUACUGAAUUCCUCCUGACAGGAUUCCCCGGUCUCCAUCCACAGUACCGCGGCCUUGUCUCUGCACUUUUGUUCCUGGUUUAUUUCCUAUCGUUGGUCGGCAACGCCACCAUCAUUUUCCUGUUUGCAGCCGACCGUCGCCUCCACAAACCCAUGUACUACAUCAUUCUGAAUCUCUGCAUGUGUGACGCUUUGUUCAGCACCACCACGUUGCCAAAGAUCAUCAGUAAGUACUGGUUUGGCUCGGGGAGCAUUUCAUUCCUGGCCUGUUUCAUUCAAAUGUACUUUGUCCACUAUCUGAGCUCGGUGAAUUCGUUGAUUCUCUUCCUCAUGGCUUUGGACAGAUACUUAGCCAUCUGCCACCCUCUCACAUACUCAAAUGCCCUGAAAAUGUCCACUGUCCACAUUCUCAGCGUCACGGCGUGGAUCAUUUCAAACGCGGGUCCUUUAAUGAUGGUUAUCCGAGCGUAUCCUCUGCCUUACUGUGCAUCCAAUGUCAUCAAUCACUGCUACUGCGAUCACAUCGGCAUCACGGUGCUGGCGUGCACCGACCGAGCACCGUACGGCUUCCCCGCCUUUAUCAUGGCGAUGAUUUUUCUUCUCGGGCCGCUGGCCUUCAUCGUGUUCUCGUACAGCUCCAUCAUCGCCGCCGUGCUGAAGAUCGCGGAUUCGAGCGGUCGCAUGAAAACUCUGUCCACGUGCAGCACUCAGCUCAUCAUCAUCUCUCUGUAUUAUUUACCCAGGUGUUUCGUUUACUUGGCCAGCAACGUUGGCCUCAGAUUUAGCGUCGAUGUGCGAGUUGUGAUAAUCAUGUUGUACAGUCUUUGUCCCCCGAUGGUCAACCCUCUCAUCUACUGUCUGAGGGCGCAAGAUAUGAAAGAAAGUCUUUGGAGACAGUUGAACAAAAGGAGCAUUUCACAGAAAACACAGGUUUCUGCAGUUUGUAGUUGAGCAAGUUUUCCUUGUUCUUAUUUUUUUUUGGAAAUGUGAAUGUGUCCAAACGUUCAAAGAGUUUUUAUGAAAAUAUUAUAACAGCUAAAUAUAUGACAGAAAGAGAAACAAAAGGGACAUUUCACAAAAAGCUAAGUUCCGCAGUUUGUGGCUGAUCAUGUUUUUCUUUUUCUUAUUCUUAUGUAUUUACUCAUUUACAUCCA